GACAAUUCUUUUUUUUUUCAAAGAAAGAAAACACACACAAAAAGAUAUAUCUUAUUGCAAUAAAAUCAAGAAUAAAUAAUAAAACCGUAAAGUUCUAAACUCAAGCUCGGGUCUAAGAGGAAAAUAAAUUUACAAAUUUUGACAAACGCAUAUUUUCAAACCAAAACAAACAAUGGCCAAGAAAACCUAUGAUCUGCUCUUUAAAUUAUUGCUAAUAGGAGAUUCAGGUGUUGGCAAGACUUGUAUAUUAUUCCGAUUCUCCGACGAUGCGUUCACCUCCACAUUUAUUUCGACCAUUGGAAUUGACUUCAAAAUCAAAACCGUUGAGCUCAGGGGUAAAAAAAUCAAAUUACAAAUAUGGGAUACUGCAGGUCAGGAACGUUUCCAUACUAUUACAACAUCAUAUUAUCGUGGAGCGAUGGGGAUAAUGCUGGUGUACGAUAUAACAAAUGAAAAAAGUUUCGAAAACAUAGUCAAAUGGUUAAGGAACAUAGAUGAGCAUGCUAAUGAAGACGUCGAAAAGAUGAUAUUGGGCAAUAAGUGCGAUAUGACAGAUAAGCGUGUCGUUAGUAAAGAACGUGGAGAUGCAAUUGCCCGGGAGCAUGGUAUACGUUUUAAAGAAACAUCAGCCAAAUCAAACAUCAACAUCGAACGUGCAUUCUGCGAACUUGCCGAGGCUAUCCUAGAUAAGACAGCUGGACGAGAAUCUGCCGAAAAUCCUGAACGUGUGGUUAUCGAUCGUCGGAAUAAUGAAAAGGCCCCAGCUUAUAAAAGCUGUUGUUCUUAAAACACAAAAUUUUUGUUUUUGGUUUUGCUGCCUAUGCUUUACAAAACAAACAUCCAUUACAACCACAACCACGACCACGACCACCACCACUACACCACGUCAACAUUAACAGCAAAAACAAAACAAAGACACAGACACUUGCUAUUAUACUAAAAAAAAGAAGAAGAACCCAACUACGAUGCAAAGUUCAAGGAAGACCACGAUGAUGAUAUAUGUACUUGCAACCAAACAACCACUGCUAAGUACGGCACACAUACAAAACUAACAAAAACCAACAAACAAUCAUACGUCAUCUUUACUUAACAUUAUCCCUACGAUCGUAAAAGUAAUUAAGAGAAAAACAUGCAUAAUUUAUACAUACUACUACUUACUAUACACCAUUUUUUAGUUAAAAUACAAAAUUGCUUUUAUAAGAAGAAAUCUUAUCGAUAACUAUGUAUGUACAUGCAACAAUUUGUUAUAACAUAGGUAUGAUGAUAAUGAUGAUGAUAUAACAAUGAUGAGACAAAUUUUUGUGCGCAAAUAAACAAGUGUGAAACCAGUA